AUUGUCUAUAGCUUCAGUCGCGCAUUACCCGCCGUUGGUGUCGCGCACGCUGAGCGUGUUGCAAAAAAAAAAGUGAUAGUCGCUGUAUUUUUAACUUUUUUCUAAAUAAAAUAAAUAAAAGAAAAAAGGACAUAUAGACAACGAUUUUCAGUGUAAAUAGAAAAACCGCUCAAAGUUGAUUUCCAUUUUGGAGAAAUUGUCAAAUCAAUUUUUCUAAAUAGUCAAACUCUUCUAAUAUAUAUAUAUAUAUAUAUAUAUAUAUUACUCAGUCCAGCCAUGUCACUGGAGGAGUCGAGAAGAUCACAACGUCCAUAUAGAUAUGGCAUGGUACUUUUAUGUGUAGGGGCAUUAAUUAAUUGGUUGGGUCUAGCCGAAAAUUACGUGGAACCUGUCAGAUAUGUCGGUGUAGCCUGCAUCAUUGCAGGUGCUUUACUGAUAUGCGCUGCCAUGUGCUGUUGGCUUCAUGCACCACCAACCAGAACUAGUACACAUACUCAUCAUAAUAGUCAUCCAAUAACUGCCCAGAUCGAUGAUCCUAUUCACGUGAUUUCGAUAGAGGAGCCUCCUGAUGGAUCGAGACAAAAACCACCAGAUUAUGAUGCCGUGACUGAUGCUCCACCAACUUACGAUGAUGCUAUCAAAUUAAAUCCAGGACAAUUAGUGAGGUCCAGUAAUUGCAGUUCAACUAUUUUAUCAGUAGAACACACGAUACCAGGGACGGUCAACGCACUUUCCUGCCAAUCUGUACCAACACCACCACCGCCAUACGCUAGGUGAGAACCCUUGGACAGGGUAUAUCUUAUCCUGCCAAACAGCGUAAUUAUUGAUGAGGAAGAAAAUAAUUGGACAAACAACCAAGUACAAGGCUAACGUGCUAAUCAUGUAAAAUUGACAACACGAGUGGUUGAGUUGUGUCUUUAAAAACAAAAAUAAUAAUCAAGUGUCAGUGUGCGUAUAUAGAGUAUACGCAUUGCUCGAUCAAGAAAAUGAAACGACUCUUGCGGGACGAGAGAUUGAUAAUUUAUAUUAUAUAUUCGAAUAAAAAAGCCACGUGACCAUGAAGACAAAAGGAUGCAAUCCGUGCCUCUAGUCAAUAAAAACCACGUUCUCUGUUAUAAUAUCGUCAAUUAUCACACUGCUAUAAGGCCUGAGAUGAGUGAAAAAAAAAAACAUUGUUGGUCGAACAGUGCCCAAUAUUAUAGACUUUAUAUGCGUUUAUCUGUAAAAUAAAAUCAGAGAUGAUCGCAACAAAGGUACAAUAGUACUCGACUGAUUAGCCUUUAUUAACAAACAAAAAAAAAAAAAAAAUAGCCUUAUUUUCUCCUGUUGAAAACAACUUUAAACGUUUCCACAUAAUCGAAGCGAUAAUCUACGAAUUGUUAAAGAGAACAAAAUGUAUAUAUAUAUAUAAUUGUACAAAAACAGUAGUUAUAGUAUUCACAAAUUUUGUAUAUUUAUUAAAUUUUUCGACUCAUGGAAUGAGCUUCCUUGACGAAACUAUUGUUUUUCACGAAAUUAUAAUAUAAUUAUUUACUGAAAAUAAAAGUAUUGUUUCUUAAAAAAAAAAAAAAAAAAACUAUUUUACGAAUCGCAAAAUUCUUCAAUUAUUAUAUUAUUUUGAAAUUAGUCUAACAUUAUAUUAUAGAUGUUUGUAGAUAUUGUAUAUUUAUAGAUAAUAUGAAUAUUAUUUUAUAAUAUUAGUUAUUAAUUUAUAGACAAUUUCUAAUUUAAAAAAAAAAAAAAAAAAUUCCGCCUGGGUGUUUCCAGCAGGGUCAGUUGUUUCAAAUAUAUUGUCUUAAUAUAAUAUUAUAAUUAUAUAUUUUCUUCAGACUGAAACCAAAACGUAAAUUUGUACGUCUUUCGCACAAAGCGACAAACGUUUUAAAUGAUAUAAGUGAAUUAUUAAUUUUAAAAAUUAUGUUCCUUUUAUGUCUUAUAAGUAGAUAAAAAAUAAUAAAAAAAUAAAACGGAAAAUAAAUAUAUAAUUGGUAACGAUAACAUGGAAACCGGCAGGAAAUUGAAUGACAAUGUUGUGACAAUUUUUUAAAAAUUACACAGUUUCAACAUUUCUGCCAUAUUUUAAAAAUAGAAAUGCAAAAUAAUAAUUUCUUUCAAAUCGCGUCCCUUUAUUGUGAUAUACUUAUAUUUUUUACAUCAAAUUGCAAUUGUGCUUACACUAGAGUUGAACCAAAAUAUCAAGUGCAAAAUCUGUUGACUGUAUACUUUCAGUCUUGCAUUGAUCCUAUGUAUCAUAAGACUUUUUUGAUAGCAACAUGGUGAAUAUAUAUAUUAUUGAAUAAACUGCACAAA